AUGAAUGCUCCUCCGCGGCAUCUGCCGCCGCCCAUGGUUCUUGCGCAGCAAGCAGGCCGCCUGGCACCGCUGUCCUUUCUCGGUUCCGCAGACCAUCACGCGCGCGCGCAGCAUCCUCCGCCGCCGCCUGCGCCUGUCCUGCGCAGCCCUGGCCACGACAGGCUAAACGGCAGCAACCACGGCCAUUCUACGGCGUCACCACCCACCGGUAACCACUCCUCGCUACAUCACCACAACUCGUACCAUGGCCAUGCGCCGCUUCCCAUGCACACGCACGCCAGGCGGGAUUAUUCCGACGACAGAACAGAGUACCAUGGCGACAGGUCAGAGUACCACGACGACGGAAGGGAAUUUCACGACGAAACUGAAAACUUCACCGGCGACGGCCCUCCCAAGAAGAAGCAGAAGCGCAACAAGCCUACACUCUCUUGCCACGAAUGCGUAGAACGAAAGACCAAGUGUGACCGUGGCCGUCCGCACUGUCUAGCUUGCAUCAAGAGACAAACCGAGUGCAGAUAUGCGCAUGUUGCCAACCUGCUAGAGGAAACGACUCGAUCAGCUUCCACUGGCCGCCGCAUGACCAAGGCACCCAAAAAGAAGCCAGGUACCGAGGGCAGAACCAACAUUCCCAACAUUGCAGAUCGAUACGCGACCGCUGGCGGCAGCACGUCGCGCGGCGCUCUGGCUCUCUCCACCGGGCUCAUGUCCAACGUUCCCUAUUCCAAGUCGUCCUCGAGCAAUGUCUUCGGCAUUGGCUCUGAGCACCCAUUCGCAAAUUACUGGACUUGCGAAGGCGGCCUGAAAGAGGUCAUUUCGGUGCUACCCGAAAAGCAACAGGCAGACCUCCUCAUUAACCGGUAUUUCGAGUGUGUAGAUCCGGUGUAUCCCAUGAUUCACCGCCUCACCUUUUACGCCGACUACGAGGAGUUCUGGCGCAUGAAUGACCAGCAAAAGCAAGACAUGGACGCCGCCUAUAUUGCGCAGAUCUUUGUCAUGAUUGCUUUAGGAACCCAAUUCGUCACUUCCACGACAGGCAAGGAGCGCAAGCAGCAGGCCGAGUUUUACGCGUCCGCCUGCAACCAGGCUCUGCGCAUAGCUUCGUAUCUCAGCAUUGCUUCCCUGCGCUCCAUUCAGGCCAUGGUGUUGAUGACGUAUUUCCUCAUCAAUGAUAACCACGCAUCUGACGGCUGGGCUUUCGCUGGCAUUCUCAUCCGGCAAGCCUACGCAAUGGGUCUGCACCGUGAUCCUAACAUUGUCACGCCGGACGCGAGUCCUUUUGAGAAGCAGCAACGGCGCAAAGUAUGGCAGGCAGUACUGCUCCAAGAUACCUUCUUGACCGUGCUCCUUUCGCUGCCUCCCUCGGCCACGCACACGGAUGUCUCCGUAGAUGACCUCAACGACCACGGAAGCUCCAUUGCCAGCAGUGACCCAACCGACACUGCUUACGUUCGGGGCUCGUGGACGUUGGCGAAUCUCGUGCAGGAAACCAUAUGCUCGCCACGUUCUCUCGACCUUCCCAUCUGCGGCACUGGCCGCCACAAGUCCAAGCUGGUCGCCGACUUUCGCGCCGUGUAUCGAUCGUUCCCCGACGUUUUCCGGUCUUGGGACGCCGACAGCCUGACGGGCAUGGCGCAGACCAACAAGCGCGUGGUGCGCCAGACGCUCUUCCUCACCAGCAACUACUUCCACAACCUCAUGCUGGUUCACGCAUCCGAGAGUCCCGAUGUCCCGGUCAACACGCGCGGCACGCUCGAGGCAGCGCACGAUGCCAUCAGCGCCUUCUUCAUGCUCUUCUCGCUCCUCGAGGCCGAGGCUCGGGUGUGGUGGGUCUUUAACCACAGGGCUUUUCUCGAGGCUGUGUGCAUUGGCAACGUGCUGCGCGAGGCGCUCCGCGAGCCUGGCGGCAAGGAGACGCUCGCGAGGGAUCCGCUCUUUGUGCGAGCCAGAGCCGAUAUCACACGCAUGAUUGAGAUUUUGCAGCUCAUGACAGAGGACUCUGAAGUCUCUCACACCCGCAUCGAGGUCCUCAGCGCCUACUUGACGCUCGAGUGA